AUGGAGAAACAACAUUACGUGGACGAUUACUUGGACUCUUGCCAUACGAUAGAUGAAGCUAUCGAUAGAAUUCGAAAUGUUAUUGUUGUUCAUAAAGAGGUGAUCAGUACAAUGUACAGGGUGAUGAUGAAUGUUGGUAGAAUAAGUUUGGACGAUGACGAAGCUAUCUCUAACGGGCUCACCACAUUUGAAAAUGAACUUGGAGAUAGAGUCGGUCCAUUCUUUGGAGGUAGUAAACCCGGAAUGCUAGAUUUCAUGAUAUGGCCUUGGUGUGAAAGAGCAGAUAUUCUCAAACUAUUUGGAAAUCAACAUCUAUUGAAGAGAGACAAAUACAAGAAGCUG